AUGGAUAACAAUACAACAACUAAUAGGCCGAGAUCGAGUAGUAGCGGCAUCCCAACUCCUUCUACUAUAGGAUCUAAAACUCCAUCUUCAACUAAACCACCUUUAAAACUAUCUACACCAUCAUCCUCUUCCUCAUCGAUGUCUACGUCUACAUCAUCGACCUUGUCAUCGACAUCGUCGUCAACAACCAAGACAUCAUCAUCAUCGUCAUCAUCAACACAAAAUACAAAUGGAAUGAAAUUAUUAUUUAGUGAUAUUGAGAGUGCAAAGAAGCUAUCGGCAGCAGCCAGUGCUACCAAGAAACGGUCUUCCUCUCUAUCAAACGUUCCUUCAUCACCCCUUUCACUUUCACAAUCGCAAUCGUCAUCGUCGAGCAAUACCUCACCACUUUCAACAUCGUCAUCGAGUAAUACAUCGCCACUUUCAUCAUCACUUGGUAUUAGUGGUAUUCCUACUCGAUCUAUUACCAGUACAACUAGUACAACAACUAGUACAACUGGAUCAAAUGUAAAUAACAAUAACAACACAACAAUCAACAAAUUAUCAAGAAGUUCAUCACCAUCACCAGCAUUUCCAUCAUCCACUUCAUCCUUUUCAUCGAUUAAUAAUAAUAAUAAUAAUAAUAAUAGUAAUAAUUAUCCUGUAAAGAGAUCAUCAUCACCAUUAAUUGAUUUACGUAGUAGUGGUGACGAUACAUUUAUAGAGUCAUUUAAUUUGUUAAAUGAUAAAUCGUCCUCUCCAAAAAUGCCAACACUUACAUUGUCAUCAUCAUCAUCUUCGACAAUGUUAUCAUCGGGUUCUGGACAUACUACACCUUCACAUUCUCCAUCACCUCCACCACCACUACAAUUGUUGGAGCCACCCAUUCUUCCACCAAUUGUCACUAACCAUCCACCUCCACUACACCAACAUUUCCCCAAGAGUGGAGUGAAUCGGUCGCGAUCACCGUCACCAUCACCUGUUAAACUGCAACAAGCUGCCGCCGCAUUGGCUACCGCUGCUGCCUUGGCUGCUUCCACACCAUCUAUUAAUAGUGGUGGACAGGACAGACAGUUGUACGAUAUCUUUAACCCGGUCGAAGAGAGUCUCAAGGUGUUUUGUAGGUUCCGACCCGAGAGCAUUCAAGAGCAGGGAAUGUCUGCCGAGAGUAACGCAAAUGUUAAAGUGACGGUAUUGGAGGACGGCAGAACCGUGCAUGUUCAGAAUGGAGAGAAAACACAGCAGGUGCGAUUCGCAUCUGUGUUUGGAAAACAGACAACACAGGAACGUGUCUAUUUAACGGUUGCACGUCCAUUGGUCGAAGGUGUACUGGCAGGAUACAACGCAGCCAUCAUAGCCUAUGGUAUGCCACAGUCUGGCAAGACCUACACAGUGUCUGGAUACCGAGUAGAGGAUAUAUGCGGUCCAAACGAUAAGAUAUCUUCACAGGAAAAGGUUAGAACUGAUUUGUGGGGUAUUGCUCCACGUGUCAUCCAAGAUCUUCUAGCUGCAGGUGUACACGUACACGUAUCUCUAUUUGAUGUUACACAUGAACGUAUUCGUGAUGUUUUUGAUUCAAAUAAUAGUAAUAGUAACAAUAAUGGUAAUGGUGGUAGUGGAUUAAGAUUGGUUGGAGAUGGUAGUAAUGGAUUCGAAGUGGUUGAUGCAACAAAAAUACCCAUCUCAAACUCUACUUUUCCAGGAUUUAUGGAUGUAUUCUAUCGAUCGACUACAACGUCACAACGAUCUGGUAAUCUUGUCGUGGCGGUAUCAGUCACUAGAAACAUCCACAACCCGGUCACUGAUGAGACAACAAGCGAAAACAGUCUCUUUUAUAUGGUUGAUUUGGGUGCAUCAGAGAGUGUCUCACAAACCCAAGCACAAGGACAGAAAUUGGAAGAUCAAAAGAGUAUCAACCGUUCGUUGUUUGCACUUGGUGGAGUGAUUGAAGGAUUGGCAAAGAAAUCAAAACACAUUCCCUACCGUGACAGUAAACUCACACAACUUCUUCAAAAUUGUCUUGGAGGUAAUUCAAAGACCAGUAUCAUUGUCAAUUGUUCCAGUUGCACACAUGAAUCUGUCAUUCGCGAUACCAUCGCUUCCUUACAUUUUGGUGAAAAAUCACAAUCCAUUCGUAAUCAUCCAUCUCUAAAUAGUGAUCUAUCAACUCAACAAUUAAAAACAAUCAUCACUACUUUAAAAAAUGAUUAUAAUAUUUUAAGAUCAAUUAUUGAUAAUGCAGGAGGACCAAAUAAUAUUACAUCUAAUCCAAUAUCGGCACAAUUAUUAAAAUUCCAAUAUCAAUUAGAGGAGAGUAAGAAAAAUGAGACUAAACUGCAAGAGGCAAUGACUUCAAUGGAGGAAGAGUCACGAGAGAAUCAAAAGGUAUUGGAUAAUGUGCAGUCGUUGUUUGCAACCAAGGAAAAGGAUAUCAAUACACUCGAGAAUGAAAAGAGAGAGCUAAGCCAAAAAUUUAACCAAAUUAAAACUAUAAAAGAGUCUUAUGAUGAACGUACAGAUAUAUCUGAUCAACAACAACGCGAUCUUCAACAACAACCUUCAUCAUCAUCAUCAUGUCCAGGUCAUAUUAUUGUGAUUGACGAUCUUCAAAAACAAUUAGAGUAUGCCAACCACAAAUGUCAACAACUUGAAGAAAGAUUGUUGGGUUAUAAAGAGUCAGAAACCAAUCUGCAAAAUGCUCUCACUAAACUAAAAGAGCAACAGAAACAACAGACAGACAUACUCGUAAUGCUUCAAGAUCAUAUGGAAACGCUAAAGCAAAGAAUGGAAAUUGAAUUCCCAGUCAUUGCAAAUAUUGUAAAUAAUAGUUUAUCUCUUUCUCAAACAGAAAAUAAUAAUAGCAACACCAGCACUAGCAAUACCAAUAGUGCAGCUCAACAAACUCUUUUAAUUCAAACAAUGACCAAGGUGGAUCAAUUGUUUGAAAAGAUAUCGGAACAACAACAAGAACAAACCUCAAACAUUCAAAACUUCCUUUCAACCAUUGACCAUCAACAACAUCACCAACAACAAUUACAAAAUCAAAAACAACAAUUACAAGAUCAACUUUUAGAGGCAAAUAGUUUAUUAGAUAAAUCAAUGGUAGAAGAUGACAGUAAUCAAGCUUCAUCAUCAAGUUCAAAUUUAAUAAUUCCAGAGAAAAAAUCAUCACCAUCAAUUGUAAAAUCAUUAUUUAUUAAUUUAUCACUAUUUUUAAUGGUAGCCAUAUUUGUGUUUGUCCUUAUGGUUUGUGUUGGAGUAAUCAUUCAAGAUAGAUCAUAUUAUAGUUAUAGUAGUUAUAAAAGAACUUAUAGAUCAAGUUAA